GCGGAGGUAGCUCAUUCUUGAGAGUAGUGCGUAUGAUGGGACAGAGAUCUAUGAUGCAGAACACGCAGAGUAUAGCCGACUACCUCGCGCAACUGCUGAAGGACAAGAAGCAGUUGGCGGCGUUCCCUAAUGUUUUCAUCCACCUCGAGAGAAUCCUCGACGAAGAAAUCUGCAAAGUGCGAGCGUCCCUAUUCCAGAUCAACGGACGCUCGAAAGAGCCCCUUGUUCUGCCGGAUCCCGAAGGCCCGGUGAUUUCGAAGACGGAAAAGGUCUACGUGCCUGUCAAAGAACAUCCCGACUUCAAUUUCGUGGGUCGGAUCCUCGGACCCAGGGGAAUGACCGCCAAGCAACUCGAGCAGGAAACUGGCUGUAAGAUCAUGGUCAGGGGCAAGGGGUCCAUGCGCGAUAAGAAAAAGGAAGAUGCUAACCGAGGCAAACCGAACUGGGAACAUUUGAACGAUGACCUCCACGUUUUGAUAACGGUCGAAGAUACAGAGAAUCGGGCCGAUAUAAAAAUUCAACGAGCUGUCGAAGAGGUCCAGAUGCUCCUGGUGCCUGUGACCGAGGGGGAGGACGAGCUCAAGAAAAGACAACUCAUGGAACUGGCCAUCAUCAACGGAACUUACAGGGACUCGAGCGCCAAAGGUCUCAACGGGACAGGUCUGGAGGCUUUCCUGCCUCAAGAUUUUCAACGGCUCUUCAACGCUGCCGCCGGUGGCCCUGUGGCUCUCACAUCGCCUCUGCGCACAGGGACUCCCUUGGGAGCGCCUCUGAUACUCUCGCCGAGGAUCCCGGUCCCGACCAAUGCCGCAGUUCUCAACGGAUCUGGUCCCCCUCCACCCCUGAUGUCCGCGGAUGCCCAGCUCCUUUAUCACUAUCCCGAUUAUCAUCAAUACGCGGCUCUUCUGACAGCAACAUCUCAAGCCGAGUAUCAUUCCAAUGCUAGCGCGAGUAAACAACGGAGGGCUCUGUCGGGCGUGCGGGACCACCCGUACCAGCGGGGGUCCUAA